AUGGCACCCUGCAAACCUCGUACCUUUACAGCCGGUCAGGAUCCACUAACAAAAUUUGAUGGAGCCAUCUCGGUGCGUAAUCUGCCUCGGCCUCCGGACCGCUUGUUCGAAUUCCAAGGUAUCAUGAGGCCAAGCCGCGGCAUCUAUGCCAAGCUGAUUGCCAACGGCCAAAAGCCUCCCACACACUUUCAUCCCUCCCAGUGGGAAUUCUUCCGUGUACUUCGCGGGAACCUCACUAUCGAAUUUAAUGGGCGUGCCAUUCACCGGACCCCCAGUGAUGGCGAACUCGCAGUACCUCCCUAUACCCAUCAUGUCAUUUAUGGAACCCCGGGAACGGAGAUAAACGAGGUAGAGUUCGUCGUGAGUGCCAGUGAUCCAGAUGCAGAGGAAGAUGGUGCGCCUUUGAUGGACCAGCCAUUCUUUGAGAAUUGGUAUGGGUAUCAGGAGGAUGUUUUUCAACGGGGGGAGAAAUUGGAUUUCGUGCAGGUUCUCUCGAUGUUUGAUGCCGGAGGCACGUAUCUUUCUCCGCUGUGGUGGGUACCUUUCCGCUCGUGGAUCGGGCUGUUUCUGGGGAUUGUGGUGGGUAGGUGGAUCGGUGGGCUGCUGGGAUAUGCGCCCUUUUAUCCAGAGUGGACAACAGAUUGGGAAGGGGCCUGCAAGACAAUGCAAAAAAGCUGGUUCCAUCGUCGAUUUGCGGAUCCACAGGCACAGAAACUAGCACGAGAAAGGUUUCGUGAGCAAUUAGAGCAGGAGGCAUCAGCCAAGGGGGAGAAGUCACACUAG